CUUCGUGUGUACAAGGGUUGGGUGUAAUCCUAACUGUACUCACAGCACAAAUUACCAACUCACGCAGUCACACGCUUCCACUGGAGGACCAGAAAGUUCAGGGAAUCCUCACCUCCAUAUUUUUUGUCUCUUUUUACCUGGCUGUGCUGCGAAUGUACAGCAGGUGUGUCUUCUUCCUGAUUUUUAUUUUAUCACCUGUGCUGAUCGGCUCCGGAGUCAAGUGACUGUCAACACCUGCAGCUUUUCUUUUUUUCCACAACCACCAGGGGCAAAACUCCUGGAGGGAAAAACAAGAGGAAAAGCGAGAGGAAGAAAUAGUUAAAAACAAAAGGAUCUGUGUUUGGCAGAAGGAUAUCACAUGUGAGUGUAUUUUUGCCAGCAUGUGAGUGUGCAAGUAACUUCAUCAGGCUGGGAAUAGACCCAGGGAGGCUGAAACCUCUUAACCUUCUUGUCUGCCCUGCCGUUGAAGGGUUGCGUGUCAGCUGUGUGAGCUAACAACUGGAGAUAACAACACUCAAGGGCAUGCAUGGCAGUAAACAACAACCGCUGAUUUGCUGUGAUUAAAAAGUAUUUUAUUGAAUUUGGAAAACUCUCUCCCCCCCUGCUAUGCAUCCCUGUGUGUAGAGGGGUGGUGGUUUUCCAGAUUGCUGGAUUACUUAAUUACUCCUUUGGGUGUGGGAUUCAAACAUGGAGUCUUAAAAGCACAAAGGAAGGAAGGAAAAGAACGGAGAUGAUUUUAAGAUUCUGGCUCAUGACACAAAUGACAUGAAGGAAGUUGGAAGUUGAGGUUGACUGAGUCAGUCAUGAUGUUCAAGCAAAGGAAAGAAUCCCUGGCCUGUGGUUGAACUUCCUCCUGGAACUAAUUCACUUAAUAGCAUUCAAUCUGAUUAGAAGCAUUUAAGCACACUUGUGGAUCUGGAUUGUGUACCCACAAUAUUUGGACUCUCAAAAACUGCUCUUAGAAUAGAAGUUUUUACAAACAAAGCAAAGAUUAAUCUGAGGAUUAUUUUUCUACAACUUAGCAAUAAAAACAACAGUUUUAUCUGACAUUGUCCUUUUACUGGAAAUCGUUUCUCUGAGUGAGGAUGAGAGGAGACAGGAGGUCUGUUUCCUUCCACAAGGAGAAGCCACCAAGCCUGUCCCGGGCUUUUAGCUGGCUCAACGUGUCCACACUGUCCCGCAACAGGAGACGCAUUUUCCACAGUCAGAACGAGCUCCAUGUGGUUCACCAUCACCACUCUCACACUCGUCUUCAAAAUGAGGAUGAGGAUGAUGACAGCUGGGUAUACAAGCCUCAACACAAAAUAGCUGUGUCUAACCUGGAUGAGGAGAGCAAGUGGACUGUUCACUACACAGCUCCGUGGCAUCAGCAGGAGAACGUCUUCCUACCAGGCAGCAGGCCGCCCUGCGUAGAGGACCUCCACCGCCAGGCCAAAGUCAACCUCAAGACUGCCCUGAGAGAAUGUGACAAGUUAAGGAAAGAUGGUUUCAGGAGCUCCCAGUACUACUCUCAGGGUCCCACCUUCUCUGACCCCAUCCAGUCUACUAGCAGCCUGCAAGAUGAUGAAGAUGAUGAAAAUGACAAGAAGUCCACAACUUCGUCAGUGGACGAUGACAAAUCUCAGUUCUCCAUAAGGUCCCAGACGCCGCAGGGAGGGAGUGAAGUAGGCGAGAUGUCAGAAGUUGACGGACUGGUGGUAUGGAACAAGACCACGCCCCUUCCCACCCCAGAGGAGAAGAUGAGGCUGGUGGCUCAGGCCGUGCCAACAGAUAUAGUCGCCAUCAACGUCACAGGGGCAGUGUUUGACCGCCAGGCCAGCAUCCGCCGCUCCCUCAUUAACACUGACACCGUGUCCCGCCGGCCCAAGAAGGUCAAACGCAGAAAGACUAUAUCAGGGCUGCCUGACAACAUCAACCAGGAGCUAGCAAGAGGAAGAAGCGGAGAGCUUCGGCCGCAUUCCAUGUUCAUUCCUGGGCAGUAUUCCACUUUGGGCAGAGUUGGGAGCGUCAACUCAGCACUCCGGCGUUCAGAGAUGAGAGACUCAGGCUGUCAGACAGAAGAAGUGAAAAUUGUACCCCCAUCCAUGAGGAGAAUUCGAGCUCAGAGAGGACAGGGAAUAGCUGCUCAGAUGGCUGGCAUAUCUGCAUCCUCCUCAACAGGAAGUAUCUCCAUCUCCAGCAGUGACAGCUCUGGGAUCUUGAUGAUGCCACAUCAGUUUAAUGGAGACCCUUCCCGUUUUCACAGUCUGCCCCGACAGGGUGCCAGAGUGUCCCUCAGUGCUGAUCCCAUUUAUAGCAGCACACCCAUCAAGUUAGAGGAUCAGCCGCAGAGGCACAUCAGAAAGCUUCAGGUUGACAGUACAGCAGUACAUAUGAGAAAUGCUCCAAGGACAAGCACCUUGCCCAGGCCCAAGUCCCAGGAAGUGAGGGGGACGCUGUCCAGUGAGUGGGGUGGCGGUCCAGCAUGUGUAGUCUCCCCUCAUGCUGCCUAUUCCACCUCUUAUAUCCCCAAUGCCACCCUGUCUAGCUCUGCAGAGGUGAUUACUCUUAACACAUCCAGUCAGUUACCCCAGUCGCCAGUCUCAGCUUACACCACAGCUCGACCACUCAGUCUGGCCUCCUCCACCAACACUGACCCCCUGACCUCCAGUCAAGCAGCCUUUACCCACAGCUCUACCUGCCCAGUUUUGGCCACCUCUACCCCUAAACACACACCACAGGAGAGUGGCCUGAUAGUAACAGGAUCUGCAAGUGAGUCAGGUCAGUCAGAUGGCAGCGUCCACAGCCACAGCACCUUGGCUCCCACUCCACCAUCCUGUCUACCAGACGAACAGUGGAUCUAUGACACACCAGAAAAUGUGGUGGCUCAACACCGCACUCUGACCUCCAGCUGCUCCACUCCCAUCAACCAGCUGUACAGCAGCUUGGACCUCUCCUCUAGGACCACAACUGAUUCAAGCUCCCUCUACUCCCAGGACAAUGAUGGAUACUACACUUCUAUGCACCUGGACUCAGGCCUGCGCUCUCGAAGUCAUGGCAGUGGACACGGGUCACUGGCUGGACGGGCCACUAGACACAGCAUGUAUGAGUGCCGUGAGAUGAGCAGUCAGGAAGACUCUGGAAGCCUGUACAGUGACCGCUCUCUGUCCCGCAGCAUCUCCCUUCGCAAGUCUAAGAAGCCUCCUCCACCCCCAGCUCGCACAGAUUCUCUUAGACGCAAGCCUGCUGUGAAAAAGCCCCUCGGAGGCGUCGGUGCCAUCAGUGGUGCUGGUGAGCCAAAUGGUAACGUGCUCAAUGAAACUCUAAUUGCCAGCUUGCAACAGAGCCUACAGAUGGGACUGAGAGGAGGGAAGGGACAGGGUGCUUCACCUUCUUCGCCCUCUCACAGCCCGAGUAGCGACUAUGACGAUCCUUGGAUGCUACGGCCACGCAGUCAGAGCAGCAUCAGUGCAGGUAGCUCUGCAGCAUCUCUGGCGACUAACAAAAACUGUGGAGGUAUGUCUAAUGUCUACUCAUUAUGCCACGUGACACCUGCCCACAGUGAAACCAGCAGCUUGCGUUCUGACUAUGCAGACUCCUGGGGCUACUACAUGGACUACCCCCGUAACCAUGGAGACCGGAGGGCGCAGACCCCUCCGGCCCAAGCUACAGAUAGCAUGUCAGCUGGGGUUCAUCCAGGAGUUUUACAGAAUGGAGGAGAGAUUCACAACAACAGUCAGGUCCCUGCAGUUCCAGGCCAGGAAGGAGGGGUGUCAGUGAAGCACAAGCCUUCCAGCUCCUCACCGGACAGGGUGCAUAGACUCACCUCCCCGUCUAGUGGCUACUCCAGCCAAUCUAACACCCCCACAGCAGGAACUCCAGUGCCCGCUUUUGUCAGGUCCAUGUCUCCCUCAGGCAGUCGCCCCAAACCCAAAGUUCCAGAAAGGAAAUCAUCUCUCCUCUCUUCAGUUUCCAUCUCCUCCUCCUCUACCUCCCUUUCCUCCAACACUUCUGACUCACUUAAAAGCUCUGGUCCUCCUCCACCACCACCUCCACCCCUGCCUCUCUCCUCGUCUGCUCCCAACACCCCAAUCAACCUACCUCCACCCUUCCCUCCGCCUCUACCCCCAAGUUCUACCACAGUUUCUUCCUCCUUACCAAACACUCAGGAUAUUUUCCUGAGCCCCCUCCCUAUUUGCUCCACUUCUCCAGAAUUCCCUCCUCCUCCGUCUCCUGACACACUGAUUCCCCCCAGUUCAUCUUUCAAUGGUAACUUCAGUCCUCCUCAUUCACCCCCACCUCCUGUUCCCUCAAUGGGACCCCCUCCACCUCCUCCACUGCCUGUUUUUAACCCAACUCCUUCUUCCCCAUAUGUUAAGAAGGCAGCAAAGGAUGCUCCUAAACCAGCUGUCUCUGAAUGCCCAAAAAAGUUACCCAAGCCCCUGAUCACCCCAUUUGCACUGCAGAGUGUUCAGCUACGUUCAAUCAAGCGAUCAGAGAAGGACGUCAUUGGCAAAUCUGACCCCAUUAAAGCUCAGGAAACAGGGUUGGAUCUCCUUCAGAGUCUAAAACCCCACAUCCAGGAUUCCUCUCACACCCCAGAGCAUCCCACUGUGUUACCUGUGUUGAACAGCUCUCCACAAGACGACUUGCGUCAGUCCUCACCAUCGCCUGUGACAAAGCUCCUGGAAGAAUUGUCACUAGACUGCAGUAUCAUAGAUGAAACACAAGAUAGUGCUGUCUUCAAUGGGAAAACUGAGGACAUGAGUUUCUGUCUUCUAAAUGGACUCGAAAAUAAGAAAGAACAAGUACUGCUCAGUCCCCAACAGAGCAGUGAGAGUUCUCCCAAAAAACCCCCAGCAGUCUCCAAGAAACCCAAAGUUUCUCUUGUUGCACCAUUUAACCCGCAGCCAUUCAAUGAACCAUCUCCAUCUCAGCAUGAUACAGCUACUCUGACCCAAAUAGAAGACCAAGUAGAUGCACUGCAAAGACAAAUAAAGGAGGAAGUUAAAAAUGAGAAAAUUGAUCAACAGGAGGAAACUUCAGAGAGCUCAGAGCCAUUAACAGAGAGCAGUGAGACGUCAGCCGAAAUCCAGGACGAGUCCUGCAUCUCUGCUUCUGCAAGUCAGGAGACGGAUCUUUACCACGAACCUUACACUAAUGGAGAGGCUCACGAAGAGGAAGAAGUGGAGGGAGAUGGAACAAGCAGUCCUGCAGGGUCCAUCAGCUCAAAGGAGGAAGACGCAGGUGAGGUUUUUGAAUCCAGCACGGCUGAAUCGUCUCCAGCCCCGUCGGCCAACGGGGUGUCCGAGGAGAACAUGGUGACCCCGACUCCCACACGGCCUCGAACCACAGAGGACCUCUUUGCUGCCAUUCACAGAUCAAAGCGAAAGGUCCUGGGUCGUAAAGAGUCUGAAGAUGACAAGUCUCGGGGUGGGAGCCAUCCACAGUCUCCACCCUCAACCCCCACAGGCAUGUCUCCAGGGAGCAUGUCACCACUGCCCCGUCAGACGGGCUCCAUCCAGCGCAACAUCCGCAAGUCCUCCACCAGCAGUGACACCUUCAAGGCCCUCCUCCUCAAAAAGGGAAGUCGCUCUGAGACCAGUUUUAGGAUGUCUGCCACUGAGAUGCUACGCUCCACUGACCCACGCUUCCAGCGAACACGCUCUGAGUCAGAGUUAGACCCUACUUCCACUUCGCCCUUCUCGCUGACAGCACCACACAGCCCCUGUUCCUCCCCCGGGCGUUCUAAGAGAGCAACAGAUGAGUGGAGCCGCUACGAGGCCAUGGCUCUGUCCUCACCCACUUCAUCGCCCUUCUCAAUGAGCGGGACAAAGUACGGGCGCUCGCGCACGCCGCCCUCUGCUGCCAGCAGCAAGUACAACGCUCGCAGUCGAAUCCUCAGCAGCCCAAUGACGGUGAUCUGCGAGCGUGAAGGGGAGCUAGCCGAGAGCGAGUAUGGAGAUGCUGCAGAAAGUCUGACUGGACCAGCAGUCGGGACUCUUCAUGUGCUCAAAGACUCCAAUGGCACUUUAUCUGAAGAAAGCAGAGGUUAAAAGAAUAAAACUCCUCGCUUAGAUUUGUGGAGCUGAACUUAUGCGUGGUAACUAAGCAGGAGGCUGGGAGAGGAGCCGAGGAAGGCCCCUAGACAUGCCUUCCAGAUCCCAGCCCCCUUGGCACUGGACAUGUCCAGUCCUGAUCCGAGUCCAGUCGCCUCAUCAUGGACUACGUCGACAGUGGUCUGAAGUGGAGAACUGGUUCUGCUCCAGUUUUCAAGACUCACACGAUUUCAUUCUCCUUGGUUUGGUGAAUUUUUUAUUUUUUUUUUUUU